AUGCCUCAACGUGUGAUUCACGGAAUAAAUCAUCAUGCCAAACCACUCAAACCGGUCACCGCAUUGCAACAACAGCUACUGGACCGUCGGCGGCUAGACGAGCAACAUGCGGAGAACUCCCAGGCUGCAUUACUUAGGCGAAUCAACGCAGACCUACAACCACGCGCGCCUGUCGGUCCAGAUCCCGAAGAUAUCUUGCACGAAGAAAUGUUCGACCCUGGGGAACACCUGCUAGAUGACGAGGCGGGGGAAGACUUAGCAGAAGGUGAUGGUAUUGAUCUCAAUCAGUUCAUGCCAGCUAGAGCUCCACCCAACAACAACGUCCCAGAGGACCCUAUUGCUGCCGCCUUACAAAGGGAGAGACAUCUUGCCGACCGUCUAGCCCACGAAAAGAAAUGGACCUGGCAGUAUGCGAUCAUGUUGCCCACGUUCCUGCGAUCACGACGGCGAGUUAAAGUGGCGUUUUGCAAGCAUUGUGACCUCUCUGACCCGGCUAGGCUCCUGCAGAUGGGCUACAUGGCAGCCUCGCCUUCCAAACCUCGGACGGCAUUCUUGUUGCGACUAUUGGUACAUCAUCACUCGCAGUGGGUACGUUAUGCAGUACCUACUGAAGGGUACUGUGAUGCACUCGAUUCAACACUCAACUCUCACAGUCCAGUGAUACUCACAGCCAAGGGCAAUGCCAACCCGGCGCAUACGUUGGCUUAUUUUAAGGCACAGUGGGCCCGGCAGCGCGACUUGCAGCUUAGAGCCAUUACCACGAGGACUAAGGACAGACGUCAACGAUUAGAGGUUUUAGUACUACUGGAGGAGGAGCUAUUGGAAGCUCGCUACCGGAGCUUGUGCGUUUCUAAUGUCCUGCGUGUUAAGCACAGCAAGAAGCUAGCUGCGCUUAAUGCCACUAAUGCCGAAAUUCGUACAGCUGAGCAACGUAAUGAACUUCUGGACCUUCCCGGUUCUUUGGCAUCACUGGAGGCCAAGAUGCAAGAAGUCGCAGAAGAGCUUGGGAACACUGAAUUACUCAAUGUUCGGCGACGUGGGAAUGACCGAGUGAAGGCUGUUAUGACAGUCCAGGUGGCGUUAGGAUUUCUCUACGAAGCGAAAUUUGAUGUAAUACAACAGUUUGCUGACGCUGCGUUGCGAACAGGGGCCACUCAGCAGCCCCGUAACGAGCAAUUACGAACCAAGAAACGAGCGCAACGCAAAAAGAAACUCGAAACUUAUUUGAGGCAUGCAAAGAAGUAUAAUCAAAGAUACCGGCGGACGCCACGCCUGGCUGAACCUUCUUUGGACGAUGUGCAGGCAAUGGAUCUCCUGGAUCCUUUUUGGGAUGAGGUAGCGUUGGUCCACCAGGAUGAGCCAUGGGCGUCUUGCCAGAGUACAAAAGAUGGCAUAGUCGCAUUUCGAAGCAAGACGGCUGGUGAGGAGGAGCUACGCCGUCUGGGACGUGAAGUUAGGCAACUUAUUGGAUGGGCUGUUGACUGGCAAAGACGGAUAGAUGAAGCGAAGCCAAAUGAGGCCAAUGGCGAAGGACGAGUUGCGGAGUGGAAAUCAGUUCACCGGGGGCUUUCGAGACGGGCUUGUCUCCUAUGGAAGCGAUGGGAACGUGGCUUACUGGAAGUAGUUCAAUCAACGCAGCAGUUUGUUGGAGGGAGUGUUCAACGCGAUGGGGAAAUGAUAGACGGUUGGCAACGUAUGGUGGCCAGUACUGCAGUUAUUUGGCAAGAGAUUCUUGGGGAUCCGAUAUUCAUGGCGGAAGAAGAGGAUGAUGGAGAGGACGAUGAUGAUGAGGGCGAGGAGGUCCUUGCAGGUUUUGAUGACAUGGGUGAAUAUUGGAUCCGAAUAUGA